AUGGCCAUGCCACUCGACGGCCGCAAACAGUCACAGCUAGGUGGCGCAUGCAAGCUCAAGGGUUCAUGUGACAGCUGCGCUGCCUCCAAGGUGCGGUGCUCCAAGGAAAAACCCACUUGCUCGCGGUGCGCAAAGACGGGCUCGUCAUGCCUCUAUAGCCCGGCACGGCGGAUCGGAAGGCCGCAUCAGCACCAGACGACAACAGCAGCAAAACGAGGGUCCCCCAAAGAACCAACAGAUCUUACGGAUACCCAGGAAGUGGGAGCUAGCGAUACACCUCCAUCAUAUGAACAAACGGCGAGUUUGCCAUUAUCUCGUAGCUGUGCAACAAUGGUGGUAUCUCCGACGCCAACGAUAGCUGUGGCGACCGAAACGACAGCUGCAAUUAGCGCAGAGCAGCAGCAGAAGCAGCAAAACCCCGAGUCCCACGACUGCUUCCAUCUGAUUGUGGACCUUCUCCUGGAUCUAGAGACCCGACCAAGACGCCUCGCAGGUCCCGGCUUAGCCAAUGCCAUGCUGCGGCAAUUGGCGUGUACGCUCAUAUGCGAAUGUGCACUGCGACAGGACAUUCUACUGCUCGUCGUGGCCGGCAGCCACGCUGUCCUCGACUGCAUCGUUAAUGACAUGGGCCACAUGAGCAGCGUUGAGACGGACUUGGAGGAGAAGUGGCUCCAGCAGGUGGCUAGUCUAGCUGCUCGACUAGCCCACCGGAGCAGCAGCCUCCUAGGUGAUAGCACCCCUGAAAGGACAAGCGACAACGCGAUCCCAGGGUUGCUUCUCGAACUAAAGCUGAAGGUGCAGGAGGCUAUGAAUUGCGUGUUAGAGCAACGGCAGCGCUAUAGGCCCGAGACGGCAGAGUAUGCGACCCAUGUGCAGCCGUGGUAG